GCCGCGUGCGCGCGUGUUCAAAAGUUGGCGCGUCAUAAGAAGCUUUCACCCACAGCCGCAUAGAAAAUACAUUUAACUUUGACGAAGUCUUAAACACCAUUAUGAAUCACUGUGAGUUUGAAGAAGUGACGCGACAUAUUAAUGACAAAAUCUCCGUGAUUAAAAGACUUCUGGAGCUCCGAGCUGUUGCGAAGGAUCCAGACAAACGGGGAACUCUUAUCAAAGUCGAGCAAGAAGUCAAUGCCAUCAAUGAGCUUCUCGAUCGAUUUGAGAGACAUGUAGGUCAACAGAGAGACCUACUAAAGCAUCUGAAGGAUCUGGAAGAGUUUUUCCAGUUAGAUGAACAAGAUGCCCAUCACCUAAAGAACAACACACCCCUGCACAUGCCCAGAAAAGGCCAACAAGCAGCACCACAAGAAGGAGGACAGGUGGCAGUUCAGAGCAGGCAGACAGAUGCCCCGCAGAAACCGGGGCCACCGAAGAAAAAUCCGCGCAACCAGAUCAAAGAGAUGGAGUUCAUUACUGUUCCAGAGUUUGACAGCAUACCACCGUACAUGAAAGGCCGCGUGACCUAUGACCAGCUGAAUGCUGCGGUGCAAAGCAUCAACACAACCGUAACCGCCAAAUAUAAGAUUCUCCAUCAGCCAAUCAAGAGCCUGAACAACGUGUCCCGCGCGCUCCACCAGCGCUUUAAAGACCAAGAAACGAAGGACACCAAGGGUCAGUUUUUCAUCGUGGAGCAGGACAUUCGAGAGUUUGCCCAGUUGAAGGUGGACAAGAGGUUUGUGGGCAUGUUGAACAUGUUACGCCACUGUCAGCGCCUGAGGGAGGUCAGAGGAGGCGGGGUAACACGCUUCAUCUUGGUGUGAGAUCUCGGAGACGCCCACCUCCGUCACAUCGCUUUAAACAAGUUUUAAAGUACACCAUGAACUCAAGUUUGUCACAGCCAGUAACACGAGAAUGACAAAGUGAAAUUUGAGGACUGAAUUUCUGGGAGGCUGGAGAUGCAUAAUUUGUUUACUGGGAUGUAGUCGAAUGCCAUGAACUCGUAUUUACCAUGAAAUACUGUUUUAAAAUAUGAUCUCCUCUGAAUAUUUACUUAAAGAGAUGGUUCACCAAAAAGAUGCCGUUGCAAACCUGUAUGACUUCUGCAGAACACAAAAGAAGAUAUUUUGAAGAACAUUGGAAACCAAACAACAUCGGUCCCCAUUGACUUCCACUGUAUAAACACAAAACCACAGAAGACAUUUCUCAAAACAUCUUCUUUUGUGUUCCACUAAUGAAAUAGUCAUAUACUGGUUUUAAACAACUUGACAGUGAACAAAUAAUUUUUCAAGAAUUUGUAUUUUUGGUUGAACUGUCUCUUUAAAACGUAUCUCUAUAUGGCUGUCAAUAAAUCAGCAUCCUUUUGAUUAAAAACACACAUAUUGUCAAAUUCAUUUUGUAGGUGCGUGUGUAAGUGAUGACAUUGUUGUAGAUAGGUCAUUUUUUCUUUGAAAAUUCAUUAAAUUGAAUUGUUGUAUUAUUUAUAUUGUCAAAGCAUCCAAAAUAUUGUCAUUUAAAAUGGAGCAGAAAUAAA